AUGGUACUGUAUGGUACUUCUGACACUCUGAUGUGCAGGGCGUUCCCCACAACACUAAGGGGACCAGCCCGCACAUGGUAUGGCGGCCUAAGGACUGGGACCAUCGCCUCAUUCGACCAGCUCGCUAGAGAUUUUGAGCUCCACUUCCUAGCCAGCGCACGACCAAAACCGUCCGUUGCCUUGCUUCUCGGACUAUACCAGAGGGAGGACGAGUCCCUCUCCCACUUUGUGAACCGUUUUGCCACGCAGAUCCGGGGAUUAUCCGACGCUCACCCCUCUCUAUUGAUGCAGGCGUUCAUGACAGGACUACGACCUUCCCGAUUCUUCUGGUCCCUCGUUGAGAGACCCCCCUCCGCGGUACCGGAGAUGCUUCAGCGGGCAAACCAGUUCAUCGCGGCUGAGGCUUGGAUGGCCGGAAAGCAGGAAAAGCACACGAGGGUUAGACCGGAACUGGCUCGCGGGCAACAGCCUGCCGCGACUAGGUGCAGGCUGGACCAAUUCGACCUACCCGCUCCGAGGCCUCCUCUGCCCCCCCUAGGCACCUCUCGAAUGGAGAUAUUUCUCCAGAUAAAAGAGAGAGGGUUACUCAGGGCUCCUGUUCCGAUGAAAAACCCGUGGGAGCUCGCCGACCAGUCCAAGCAUUGCAGCUUUCACAGGCAAAAUGGGCACGACACCGAAGACUACCAUGAACUGAAGUGGCAGAUCGAGGAGCUCGUCCGCGCGGGCCACCUCAGUCGGUACAUCCGACAUAACGGGGAGCCCUCGCCUCUCCCGGAGGGCCCCGUGGAGCGCCACAUCGAUGUCAUCACCGGAGGACCGACGGCUGGGGGAACCAGUAUGUCGGGAAGAAAGGCAUACGCCCGUUCUGCCAGGAUCGACGCUCCCCAACGUGGUCCCGACCCCAAGGUCGCAUUCCCUCCCGAGGACGUCAAGCCACCGGAGCACGACGAUGCGCUUGUGAUAAUGGCUCGAAUCGCUAACGCCCAGGUGAGGAGAAUCAUGAUCGAUACCGGAAGCUCGGCCGACGUGCUCUAUCUGGACGCCUUCUGGAAGUUGGGAUUAAUAAAAGAAUCCCUAAAGCCUAUCUGCUCAGUGCUCAUGAGGUUCACCGGCGACUCCGUCUCGCCAUCGGGGACUGUCACCUUGCCCCUCACCUUGGGAGCGUCGCCCCGAACAAAGACGGUGAUGUCCACCUUCUUGGUGGUAGAUCUUCCUGCUGCCUACAACGCCAUCCCCACCCUCAACAAAAUCAGAGCUGUAGUCUCCACCUAUCAUCAAACGGUGAAGUUUCCUACCCCCGCCGGGACAGGCGAAGUUUGGGGAAGCCCCUGA